AUGGCUUACCGGCAGCAAGGGCUCUCGCGCACCCUGCCAAAGGACUUCACCUUCUACUCAGCGAGCGCUGAAGAACCACGGACACCUGAACGCACAUCAAUCCAUGUGGAUGGACCUCCACCUCCCCCUCACCAUUCUAGCUGUCGUCUGCGAAGGUUGCGUGUCCGCUCGGGAACCGACCUGUUUGCGCAGGCGCAGUAUGACCUCACCACAUUCGAUUUCCACCCUUCGGAUAUCCCCCUACCCUCGAUUGAGAUCCCUUCCUCGCGCGAAGCUCCAUUGGCGCAGUCAUUCCCCGAGUCCUUGAUGAGAGACGAUCGCUUUUUAGCUCCCCCACGAAAUCGAAUGGCUUUGAAGACACCUCCCGCUCAAAUCCGCGGCAGCCCGUUCGAUGAGCCCAGCGCUUGGUCCUCAUGGGAUCACCAGACUAUCGGCGAGACAAUCCAACGGCCUGGUUCCGCCUGGUCGCAAGCGUCCGACUCCUCAGUAUCUUCGAUUGAGACUUUUGCGUCCCGGCGCUCCCUGGGCGGUAGCUGCACCAGCGCGGAGAGUGAUCAUCAUGAUCCCUUCUUUUACCUGGAGAUUCCCCCGAAACAAGCCCUGGAACAAACGCCCCGAAUGACGGUGAAUGAUGGAAAAAAGCCCCGGAACGUGUCAAGGAAGGAUCGAUGGACCCUGGAUAUGGAUAAUCACCUCUGGAAUACUUACCAGCUCUACAUUCAGGCUCCGACAAUCACCCCAUUCAAGAUGACUCCGGGCAGCAUCCCGCCGCUGGGGGUCACACAUCGUGUGGCCAGAGAGGCAAAGAAAUCAUGGGACAAGAAGCGAUACCGGCUGACACGGCCAUUCCAAUCUUCUCUGCACCAGCCACAGCAACUACGGAGCGGUGAAUCGACGCCCACACCUAGAACGGAAUCCCCCAAGGCCGCGUGGCCAAAGUCGGAGGCAUCGACCAGGCGCAGAUUGAAACUCCUAUGCAAGCGGAAAUUCUCCAUCGCGCCUCAUUACCAAAGAUUAAUGCAAUCUCGCAGCCCGACGCCGCCCCUGGACCUGUUCUCACAUCAUUCGAAUGAAGUGCCUCAAAUCGAGAGUCCUGGCGGCAGCUCAACCACUUAUGCCACGCGUGAUUUGGGUGUAUCUCUGGUCGCUAGCUCCGUCCCCGGGCCUCUGUCACAGCUUGCGAUGGAGCACGCCUCCCCGCCGACCACUACCCGCGAAUGGACCCAGUCUGUUCAUUAUGAGCCCCAGAGUCAUCGCGCCGAGCCGCUUGCAAGGACGCAUGUCCAUCUGGAGGAUCCGGCGUCGGUACCGCGACUCGGAUCGCCAUUCACAUACCACACCUGGGGCCCAAAUGUUUCAAAGAAGAGCGUUCAUUGGCAUACUCCGAGGGCCCGGCGAGAGACAAUACAUGUAACUGGUUCGCGGUUGCGCCCUCCUCCACAGGUGGAAGCUCUAUCAGCGACCAACGACACUCCCAUUAUUCAAAUAGCGCAGCAAUCGAGCGAACUAUCAGACGAACAGGAGACGCAAAGGCACUUGGAGAGUCUCGUUCGAGACGGCAAAUUGACUGACAUUGGCCACCGACGUGUGCGCAUUCGGAGCCGCGGUGCUACUACCAGCGCCAUCACUCCCCAGAACCUCGACCAGCUCUUCUCCCCACCAUCUUCGGCGUCCCGGAACGAGGAAACCGCCUCUGUCGAAAAAUCUGCCCCCAACCCGCUGUUGAAUUUGAGCGGCGAGAACAUCAAACGAUUGGGCUCACCUUUCAAAGUGGAUGGUGCAUCGAAACGGCCUGAAUCGCGCAGAUUUAUCCGACACGCUCCGUCACUAUCUGAUCCAUUUGCAAGUGGACCACUACCGCGGGCAAGGCCCGUAAACCGAGACGUUUCGUCCAAAGAUCAACAGGACAUGAGAGGCGCACUGCCAUACGAUCCAACCGAGCGAGGCAUAUCCGAUGCAGAGCGAAUCCGCAGACAAAUACUGAACAUGUCCUACUCUCGACAGUGA